GGGGGCAGGUUCCGCUAUCGCAGUCCACAAGCGGCAGCUCGGAGUUGAAAAUGUCGGAAGCCACGGUAGCUGAUACCCGCCGUCUAAACUCCAAACCGCAGGACUUGACCGAUGCCUAUGGGCCGCCUAGCAACUUCCUCGAAAUUGACGUUUUCAAUCCACAGACUAUCGGCGUCGGCAGGACCAGAUACACUACUUAUGAGCUCCGGAUGCGGACCAACCUCCCCAUCUUUAAAAUGAAGGAUUCCUGUGUGAGGAGAAGGUACAGCGAUUUCGAAUGGUUAAAGAAUGAGCUGGAAAGAGACAGCAAGAUCGUAGUGCCCCCGCUGCCUGGGAAAGCCCUGAAGAGGCAGCUCCCCUUCCGAGGGGACGAGGGGAUCUUUGAGGAAUCCUUCAUUGAGGAGCGACGGGUGGGCCUGGAACAGUUCAUCAACAAGAUAGCGGGGCACCCCCUGGCGCAGAACGAACGCUGCCUGCACAUGUUCCUGCAGGAGGAGACCAUCGACAGGAACUACAUCCCGGGAAAAGUACGCCAGUAGGGGGCGUGCUCCCCCUUAGCUCUUUUCUUCCAUUCCACUCUUACUCUCGUGCAAAGUAACAUUUAUUUUUACACUCAGGUUAUAUAUGUAUUCACUUCUGCAUUUCUACGUUCAUUCUCUUUUUUUUAAUCCCAUUAUAUUGGGAAGCAGUAUUAUGGGGGAUUUGCUUGAAUCUUAUUUCUUUUUUCAGUUUUGCAAGUAUAGUUUAAAUGAUGGGUGUUGGGUGGGAGUGUGGAUGUAGUGCUGAGAGAGAGGGUGGGAGGCAGUCUGGGUAUGUGGUUAUAGCGGGAGGACUGGCUGGGAGGCAGUGUGGCUCUCUGGUUAGAGUAGAGGUAGUGUGACCUCAUGACUAAUAAUAUUUUAAGCACUGGAGCGUUUUUAUGGGCUUCACUGUACACAUGGAUGCUAGUGUUCAGAGCUGGGGAAUGGAAAGGAAUUCUGAUUUUAAAAUCUAUAACUUUUGCCUCUUGAAUUAAUCAUCUGUUCCUUCAAGGCACUGCGCCCCCUCAAAGCCCUGUUCUACUCACAGAUUUAUUAAUGUAUACAUGCAUGACCUGGUCGUACACUAGGAGGCAGAAUGUGGCGCCAAAAUCAAAUUUUGGGAGGGUUACUUUCAGCUGCUACCCACCCAGCUGUCUCAAAAAGGGUAGGAGAUUAGAAAAGUAAUGGGUGACCUCAAAGAGUACAGCAGAAGAACUCCAGCUCCACAUCACCCAGCGAUCAUGCUGCUUUUCAUCCCUAAUUUACAGAAGGGAUGGAGGCAGGAUGUUGGUGCCCUUACACUGAAUCAAGGGUCUUCAGCUUAGAAGGGCAUGGUACUACUAAUGUGCUGUUUCAGUUUCUCUAGCUUGCAGUUAUUACAUCCCAAAAUCUACCUUUGAACAGUUCAACCGUCACUGAAUCAAAUAAGUAAAUGUUAUUUAAUUUCAUUUUGAAUCUGUAGCCCCAGUGAUCCAGAGAAGCUGUGCAUUCCACCAGGUCCUAGCCGUUUGUUUUAUUGCAAGUCUCAUCACGAUAAAGCCAACGCUGCCUCAACACAGGUGAACCAACAAGCUACACUCAGCUCUCUUUGUGUUUGUAUGUACAUGUAAAUACUGUAUAUCUAUAUAUAUAUAUAUAUAAUAUAUCAACUGCUUGAACAUUAGCAAAAUGCAGCAACACAAACGGUGCUUUGGUGUGUGCACAUGCAGCGAUGCUUGGGAGACUGCAUUUUGCUAAAUCUGAAUGAAAUUCUCAGCCGACUUUAAAGUGGUUUGUUUGCUCACAGCUCUUAAUAAUGUGUGUUACCAAUCUAACGUUGAGACAGCUACGUGGGACAGCAGGUAAGCUGUCUACCACUUUACCCACCACCACUGGCACUAUCUGUAGUGCGUGUAUUAACAGCAGAAUUGUGUGCUUCUGUCGGCGCACGUGCACACUCGCUCGCACAAGUGUGAUUCGGAGCACGCAUGGGCUUUGAGGUUCAGUGAACACAAUGUUCUUUUACAAAAACAUAUUAGAAAAAAAAAUCUCUAUAUGACCCACUUCCCAGCCCUUUUCCAGUAUGACAACAGCAGCCGCUGGUGGUGUUAAUAAGAAGGCUGCAGAGGUGUUUUGUCGGACAGCAGUAUUCACCUUCCCUGUUAAUUCAGAAGCAGCCCCUGAAACGAGCGACUGUGCUCACGUGUUUUAGAAGGCAGAGGCAGAGGGAGAGUUCUGAAGGGGUCUACUGUCUCUGGGUUACCAGGGCAAGCCCUUACUCCACCCCACCCCCCUUUGGUUGGCAUUCUUGGAGUUGGGGUGUAUAAUGCUAAAAAAAUGGGAACACAUUCCAAUGAGAGAUGCUAAAGCUUUUGUGCAGAUCUUUAAAAGAGCUUUUCUUUUGUAAUUGACAUGUUGCUCAAUAUUUUGUUAGCUUCCUCAAUGGGGUAAUUUUUUUUUUUUUUUUAUCUCAUAUUCCAUUAUGUUUUUUAAUGUUUUGCCUAAAAAGAAAUCCAUGAAUCUCCCACCACUAAGAGGGGCCAUAACCUUUAGAGUGGCCCCCUGCCUUUCAGUUCUGGAGUAGGUUUAGAAAUCGUUUGAUUUCAUUGGUGCUUAAAGCUGCUUGUCUGAUUUGAUUUGUCACUGUAGUGCGCAAUCGAUCUUCAGUAACCCUUUAUUACACAAAAAAGAAAGGGGCAUGUCUUCCUGAAACCUCCCACCACAUUUUGAUUUCCACAAACAGAGACUGAGUACAUUUUAGAUAAAAACAUGCUUGUGUUGCAUUAUCCUUUAUAUAUAAAUAUUUACAUUGUAUUAUUAUUUAGCUACUUUUCGCGUAUGUAACUGCUGUGAAAAUUAGCCUGGGCUUCAGAAAAUAAAAGUAAUGUCUCUGAUCUGAUGUCAAGAGAAAUGUCAUGUCAAAUAAUCAUGUUCAUAUAAACCACUGUGAAAACCA